AUGGAGAUUGGAUACAGAUGCGUAAUGGGAUUAAAUGCUAUAAAGGAUAGGGAAUCAAAUCCUGAUCGGGCGAGAGAGAAAAUAGAACAUAAUAUUAAUUUCUUAAAGGAAAAUCUUAAGUUAGAUGCUAGGCAGUUUGAAGUGGACGAGUAUCUCUGCGAUGCUCUUGGGAAAAAGAUAAAUGCCAUCGACCCUUCAGGCCUUUCGUGGCAAGACCCAGAAGCAAAUAUGGUCUUAUGCGAUAAAUCAAAGAUCAUAGAAAAUUUAGGAGACAGACAGAAGCGGGUCUUUAUGAAAUCGGGGGUUCCAAGAGAGAUGAGGAACAUUCCCCACAAUAAUAAAUGGAAAGAUAGCAAUUCGGUUCUUGUAAAAGUAGUAGACCGUAUUUUAGCUGUACUUGGUGAGAUUUGGAAUAACCCGGCAUUUGCAACAAGAGCGUCUUGUGAUGAACAAAGUGAGGGGAUGUAUAUUACAGAUGUUGUUGUUCCCUUGCUCCAAAGCGGAAUGUCAGAGUAUAGCUAG